ACACAUGCACACACACAUCCACACACACAGACAUACACACUGUACCAUCUGCUGGACUUCAUUUCAGAGUUCUGAUACGAGGCUGACCAAUGGAUUUUAAAGCUGAUUUGAAGCAGAAGGCUUUAAGGUGAACAUGAAGGUCCCGAAAAACACUCCUCUGGUAGUUUUUCUGGCAUUUUUCAGCCUGACUGAAGGGCUCCAGAGAGCACCUAGAAUCACAACAUUGCUUGAGACUGUAGACUCCUCUCUGGAUCAUAAUGCUACUUUCAUCUGUGAGGUUGAUUCAUACCCUCAAGCUGAUAUAAUAUGGACAAGAAAUAAUUAUCCAAUAAGGUAUUACGAUUCCAGAUACGUUAUUCAAGAAAAUGGCCAAAUGCUGAUCAUUCCCAAUGUAAAGGAUUCAGACAGCGGAGAAUACUGCUGCAUUGCGAACAAUGGGGUUGGAGAAGCCAAGAGCUGUGGAGCUCUACAGCUGAAGAUGAAGCCCCAAAUCAAGAGACAUCCUACUAACAUGACAUUGAUUUUGGAGUCCAAAGCAGUGCUGCCAUGUUUAUCAUUAGGUUAUCCCAAACCUGAAAUAUCCUGGAUAAAAGAAGAUGAUUUGAUCAAGGCUAAUAAUCGUAUAGCAAUUUUGGAAUCGGGUUCCCUAAAAAUUACCAACAUCAAGAAAGAAGAUGCUGGACAAUAUCGAUGUGUGGCCAGAAACAGUUUUGGAAUUGCUUUCUCCAGGCCCGUUACUAUUGAAGUACAAGCUCCUGCCAAGAUACUGAAAGUUCCCAAGGAAAAGCGAGUUCAGAUUGGAUCAGAGGUCACAUUAGAGUGCAACGCCACUGGCAACCCUAUCCCUUCGAUAACAUGGCUUGAAAACGGCAAUACGAUUUCCGGAGCAUCUGUGGUGGAGACACUGGUGGGGGAAGUUAUACUGUCAGUUCUGCAAGUGGUUGUCCAUAAACCAGCACUCUACACCUGUCAGGCUACUAAUCGGCACAGUGGAGGAGAAAACACUGUCAAAGCUACAGCAAAGAUAACAGUUUCAGAAUGGAGACUUUACAAAGGCCAUGCCGGCUACUGCAGCACAUACAGAGGUGAUGUGUGUCGUAAUGUGCUUCGGCGAGAUGCUCUGGUGUUCUUCAACUACUCUCUACCGAACCCUGAGGAUGCGCAGGAGUAUCUGGCUCAGAGUGCAUGGCCUGAGCUGGACGGGGUCAGUUCAUUCUGCAGACCUGCUGCCAGAUCCCUGCUCUGUCACAGCACCUUCCAGGACUGCAAUCCUUCAGGACUCGGACCAGCGCCUAAACCUGUCUGCAGAGAGCACUGUCUCACAGUCAAAGAGCUAUACUGUUAUAAAGAGUGGCGUUCCGCUGAAGAAAGAUCUCAGCGUGGCUUUCAACACAUCACUCUCCCAGAAUGCACUUCUCUACCCAGCCAACAAGCAGAUCCAUCCUCCUGUACAGCGGUUCCUUAUGUUGAUAUCAAAAAAGACCAAGUUACAUCAACCUGCUACAAUGACAAAGGAAGGUUUUACCAAGGAACACACAAUGUCACAGCAUCGUCCAUUCCAUGUCAGCGAUGGAACCAGCAGGAUCCCCAUCAACACAGACUCUCUGUAGAUGUGAUUCCUGAGUUGCGAAAUGCAGAAAACUACUGUCGUAACCCAGGCGGAGAAAGUGACAGACCCUGGUGCUACACUACAAACCCUAAUGUACGCUGGGAAUAUUGUCUGGUGCCUAAAUGUGGAGAAGUUAUCAGUAUCAGGACUGCACCCUCAAUUACAAAACCUGCCCACUUCUACCCUCCUCCUUCUGUGUCUACGGCCUACUCAAUGAGUGUUAUCAUCUUUGUUAUUGCUGGCUUUGCUGGAGCAGCCUUCUUCACCGUACUCAUCCUUAUGUGUCACAGACGAAAGAAAAUGUGGAAAAAGAGGAAAAGUAGGGUGCUGGAGACACCUACAUUGACCACCCUCCCCUCAGAGCUCUUGUUGGACAGACUUCAUCCCAACCCCAUGUACCAGCGACUGCCUCUACUGCUUAACUCCAAGCUCCUCAGUCUCGAAUAUCCACGCAACAACAUUGAAUAUGUCCGUGAUAUUGGAGAGGGGGCCUUUGGGAGGGUGUUUCAGGCGAGAGCCCCAGGUCUUUUGCCAACGGAGCCCUUCACCAUGGUGGCAGUAAAGAUGUUGAAAGAGGAAGCUUCAACUGAUAUGCAGAAUGACUUUCAACGAGAAGCUGCACUCAUGUCUGAGUUUGAUCACCCCAACAUUGUCCGUCUCCUGGGUGUCUGUGCAGUGGGGAAGCCCAUGUGUCUCAUGUUUGAAUACAUGGCAUAUGGGGACUUGAAUGAAUUCCUGCGACGGCGCUGUGCAACCCAGCAGCCCAGUCUAAGUCGGGAUACCUUGACUUCCAGCAGUCUCGUGUCAGAACCUGAGCGUUACCCACCCCUCAGCUGCCAGGAGCAGCUCUCCAUUUCCAAACAGGUGGCAGCAGGAAUGGCGUACUUAUCGGAGCGCAAAUUUGUCCACCGUGACCUUGCUACUAGAAACUGUUUGGUAGCAGAAAACUUGGUUGUGAAAAUUGCAGAUUUUGGUCUCUCACGCAAUAUCUAUGCAGCUGAUUACUACAAAGCCAGUGAAAAUGAUGCCAUCCCGAUUCGCUGGAUGCCACCAGAAUCUAUCUUUUACAAUCGUUACACCAGCGAGUCAGAUGUUUGGGCUUAUGGUGUGGUAUUAUGGGAAAUCUUCUCAUAUGGCAUGCAGCCUUACUACGGCAUGGCCCAUGAAGAAGUCAUCUACUACGUAAGGGAUGGAAAUGUUCUUUCCUGCCCAGAAAACUGUCCACAGGAGCUGUAUAACCUCAUGCGUUUGUGUUGGAGCGGUCACCCCACUGACCGGCCUAGUUUUGCCAGCAUUCACCGCAUCCUGGAAAGAAUGCAUGACCAGAUGCUCAAAUCUGGUCUUUCUUGAGGAUCUCUAAAAUGCAGCUCCAAUCAUUAAGGAACUCAUUACAAUCCAAAGUAGCCCAGAGAGGUCAUGAAGAAGCAUAAAACACUUUAUUGUAUGCUCAAGAGGGCAAGCCGGAGGACCUUUUAGGGUCCCACAAAUACCCAAGGACCCAAAAGAACAUUGGGGAAUGGGAAAAAAGCCUUAAACGAUUGAAAAGGCUCACAUACCUUGAUCCCUCAAACUCUUUGAAGCUCAAUAGUUUUUUUCUUUUUUUAUGGCACAGAUGUAUGGUGGAGCUCAAAUGAGAGCUACAGUAGUGAAGGCUUGAGGUUCAUAUCUUGAGAAUUUCUGUAAUCACCGGGUAAUAAUAUACCACUUCAGUCUAAAAUGAAAUCUCUGCAAGCAGAGACAUAUAGUAUAGUAUUUUUUGCUUUUGUCUUCCCUUUGGAUAUAUUUUAAGUAGUGAAAGUACUAUUCAUCUAGAUAUAGUUUUGUAAAAUUCUUAAAAAGACAUUCAUUCAAGAACAUGUUUCAGUGCUUUAACGUAUAGACUGUUCUCAGCAUUUCAUUAAAAAAAAAAAAAAGUAGAAUAGUAUAUUCCAAAGUGGCACAUCAUCACUUUAUUUUAUGCUUUGUUUUUUGUUUCACAUUGAUAUUCCAAGAUAAGAUCUUUGUUUGUUUUGUUUUAUUUGUUAGUAGUAAGUAAAACAGUGUAGUAUGUAAAUAUGUAGCAUACUUUAUUUGUAAAAUGAUUUCAUGAGUUAACCAAAAUGUAUUAUGAUAUUGUCAAAGAAAUGAAAACAAACAGACUGACUGACUAUAAUGGUUCAAUCAGUUUUAUUUUGACAAAAUCCUAUAUAAAGAUUUGUGGAAUUUAUAUAGUUUAUUACUAGUUUUCAGGUUAUUUAGAAAAUAAGGUCAAUGUCUCUGAGAUAACUCAAAUAGAAGUAAGAUCUCAAGUACUAACCAAAAGUUCUAUAUAUUAAAGUGGGUAUAUAACAGUACACAUUAUAACAAAUUCUACAACAACUUGACUUCACUUCAGUUCAGCCAGUCCAAACUUUAGGCAGAUAUUUUGACACUAUAUCAGAAACAAAAAUACUUAGAACAUGUGCUAUUGCACAUGCAUAGCAUGACUUUUAUAGUUAUAAUAAUGUUAUCAUUAUAUUAUUUCAUAAUGUUAGCAAUCUAUUUUAAUACUGUGGUUACAUUAGAUGUAUGAAUAGAUGUUGGAUAUGAAUUUUGUUUGAAAUAAAACAAUUUCUUUUGUCUUGA